AUGACGGCUCCAGCAGUUCGAGUGGCCCGUACGGCCGCUACCCGUGCCCGCAGCCUGUUGGCGACAGUGCAAUACUCACACCCGCCCAACUGUCCCUGCCACUCCAAUCCCAAUCACCACCAUCACCAUAAGACCCCCUCGCUGAUGAACCAUGCCCGUCGACACCUGGCGACGCCCAAGGAUCCUUCGCGCGAGAAGGAGUAUGCUUUUGAAAUGGCGGCGUCGAGCAUCCGAUUUGGUCCUGGUUCCACCAAAGAGGUCGGCAUGGACUUUAAGAACAUGGGAGCCAAGCGCGUGUGCAUUGUGACCGAUUCUACCGUCGCAAAGCUGAAUGCCAUGAAGCAGGCUGUCGAAGCAUUGACUCGCGAGGGCAUCGAGUUUACUAUCUAUGAUAAGGUUCGCGUGGAGCCGAAGGAUAGUUCUGUUAAGGAGGCUAUUGCAUUUGCUAAACCGUAUAACCCGGAUGCUUUCCUUGCCGUUGGUGGUGGCUCCGUGAUCGACACUGCUAAAUUGAUGAAUCUAUACACCGUCUACCCAGAAGCCGAUUUCCUCGACUUCGUGAACGCCCCCCUAGGCAAGGGUCUCCCCGUCGCAAAGCCCCUCCGCCCGCUCGUCGCUGUACCAACAACAGCAGGCACUGGCUCUGAAACCACCGGAACCGCCAUCUUCGACCUGGUCUCUAAAAAGGCUAAAACAGGUAUUGCCCACCGCAACCUCAAGCCUACACUUGGUAUCUGUGACCCGCUCAACACGCGUACCAUGCCAUCUGCCGUACACGCCUCCUCGGGUCUAGACGUGCUCUGCCACUCCCUCGAGUCCUGGACUGCAAUCCCUUACAACGAGCGCACUCCCCGCCCGACAAACCCUAUCAACCGACCCGCCUAUCAAGGCGCAAACCCUAUCUCCGAUAUCUUCUCCCUGCAAGCACUCCGGAGCACAAUUCAAUAUCUACCCCGCGCGGUGCGCGAUCCAGAUGACCACGAAGCUCAGUCAAACAUGCUUCUCGCCGCUACACUAGCUGGUGUGGGCUUUGGUAACGCAGGCGUUCAUCUGUGCCACGGUAUGAGUUACCCUAUCUCUAGCCAGAACCCAGGCUAUAAGCACGCCGGCUAUGAUGUCGACCACCCAAUUAUCCCGCACGGUGUAUCAGUAGCCGUGACCGCGCCGGCUGUCUUCCGCUUCACGGCCGCGUCAAACCCGGAACGCCACUUGGCGGCCGCAGAGGCAUUCGGAGUUGAUAUUUCGAACGUCAAGCGUGAGAGCGCCGGAGAAGUACUUGGUGAAGCGAUUGCAAAUUUCCUAGUCAAGUUGGGAGAUCAGCCGCGCGGAUUGAAGGAUUUAGGCUUUAAGGCUGCUGACGUGGAGGGAUUGGUUGAGGGAACGAUCCCGCAGAAGAGAGUUUUGAUGCUUGCGCCGAGUUUGAGUGAGGAGUUGGAGGCGGAGAAGGGCGAAUUGAGGAAACUGUUGGAGGAGUCCUUGGAGUAUUAA